AUAUUUAUAACUAGUGAAAGCAAAAAUAAUUACUGACAUCAAUAAAAAAAAACUUAAAAAUAUAACUUUUUUUAACCAAAAGAAAAAUUAUAUAAACUUUUAAAAUGUUUGCGCUGUUAAAAAUUAUUCAACCUUUAAGGAUUAUAAGAGAAAUGCACAUCAAACGAGUGGAUUUAUACCGGAAAUGCUGUCAAAUAUUGGGUGUGGAGGAGUCUGCUGAUCAAAAUACCAUACGUAAAGCUUAUAUAGAAUUGGUAAAGAAAGUACACCCCGAUUCUGGUUUACCGGAAGCUUGUGCCGAACGUUUCCAAGAAGUGGAUGAGGCUUUUAAAUUGCUACAAGAGAAAUUUGCCAAAAAUCGUCGUGGUAUUUAUGAAGAUGAAGAAGAAGAGGUACCGGAUAUCCGUCACACUGCGCCCCAGCAUAGGCAAUAUUUAAGUUUUGAUGGUGUGGGCGUGGGUAAUCCCUUUCAGCGACAAAAACAAUACCAACAAAUUAAGGCCAUGAAGGCCCAGGAAAGGGUGUUAAAGCAUCGCAUCGAUAAGUCCCAGGCGGGAGAAAAAACCGUUAUGAAAAAGGGCACAUUUUUCAAAAAUCAUGCUAUUAAAACCAAAUAUGGCUUUGAUCGUUUGGUAGAGGAUUACAUACAAGAAGCCAUGUCCAAGGGAGAUUUUAAUAAUCUAAGUGGAGCAGGCAAACCUUUAACAUUGGCUCAACAGCAAAAUCCCUAUUUAGAUUUUACCACUCACAAAUUAAAUAAGAUAUUAAUAGAUAAUGGUUUUACACCCGAAUGGAUUACUUUGCAACGUGAUAUACGUGAAGCAUUACAACAGCUAAAGAAAACUUUAGCCGCUGAACGCAGCUACUUUGGUGAACAUCCUUUGAGUGAUGCGGAAACACAAAAAUGGCAAAAUCUACUAAGAAAAUAUGAAUACGAAGUGCAGCAAAUUAAUAAAAAUAUCGAUAAGUACAAUUUGAUAGUGCCCAUAUUGGAAAAUCAAUUUUUCCGUGUUAAUUUACAAACCAUAGGCGAAAAGAUCUUAAAAGAUCCCGAUAUAGCUAGAAAUCAAAAAAGACCUGAAAUGUCAUUGGAAAAAGCGAGCUCCUCAACACAACAGGGUAAAAGUGAUUUGUUAUCAUUGCUGGGCUCCUGGUUUUAAUAAUUGUUGAUGAAUUUUUAGUUUUAUUACUCACUUGUGAUAUGUUUUUGUUUUUAUUUAGAGAAAUAAAUAUUUUUGGUUAGUUUUAUUAACUUGCA